AGGCUCAGAUCAUUCAACCGGACUGGCUCUCCAAGCGUCAGCAUCCAGGCAAAAGGGAGGGGGAGGCGGAAGAAGGAGUUGAAGAGGAGGAGGAAGAAGGUGGCGCUGUGGGCCCCCACAAACGGCAGCACCCUGGCCGGCGGGAGGAUGUGGUCGCAUGGUCCGAUGUAGCCCAGCAGAAGCGGCAGCAUCCUGGCCGGCGCUCCUCCUGGCUGGGGUACACUUUAACCAAGAGGCAGCACCCAGGCAGACGGCUGGUGGAUUCCAAGGCCCAGAGGAGCUGGGAGGCAAAGGAGGAGGAAGAGGAGGAGGAGGAGGGAGAGCCGAUGCCCGAGAAACGCCAGCAUCCGGGCAAGAGGGCCCUGGGAGGCCCGUGUGGGUCCGGGGGAGCCUGUGGUCAAGCCAGCCUGCUGCUGGGGCUCGUGGAUGACCUGAGCAGGAGUCAGGGGGCCGAGGAGAAGCGGCAGCAUCCUGGGCGGCGGGCAUCCUGGGCCAGGGAGCCGCUGGAGGAGUGAACCCAUUUUCCUAUGAAGUUUAGAGUCUAAGAAUGUCUUAAGCCCUGUGGGCCCUAUCCCUUUGUGAUGUCCUCUUUCCCUCCUCCUUAGAUCCCUGACCAUACACCUGAGGCUCCCCCCCCCCAUAUACAACACCCAAGUCCCUGGCCUUGUCCCCCUCCCCCUUCAGGGACAUGAGAAAGCGAGCCUCUGAGUUAAAACCCCAUAUUACCCCGCUUUCCACUGUUGGCAAGGGGGCAGAUCCCAGAGUCCCUCUCCCUGCACCCCCUCAGGCUGCUCCCCUUCCUUAGCUCUGGCUCAAAUGAUCCUUCUGUGUCCUCUGAGCGAUCCCCAGAGAGAAGCAGGGUGACUACGGAUCCAGCAGCCAGUGAGGUCAGGGUGGGAUUGAAGAUGUGAUGUCCAAAUCCAGUUUCUAUCCUCCCUUUCUUGGGCGUCCUUUUGUGGGUAGGCAGAGCCCCGCCCCAUGGCUGUGCUCUGCUUGGACAAAGCUUUGCAGGGAGGGGCAUCCCGUGGUGUGCUGUGUGGUGGCUGUGGGAAUAAAUAUGUGCAGGCGUAUGGAAACAGCCCUGAAAACUGAACUUGUAUAUAACCUUCUAGCAUCUUCCCCCUGUCCAUGAUAAUCAUCCGGAUGAUAAUAAAACAUGCAUCUGCAUAA